GGGUGGGGAGGAGGCAGGGAAAGCAGUCGGAGCGAGAGGCCCCAGGGGGGCCUGGCAGCUGGUUGGGGAGGUGUGGGGGGGGGGAGCAGCGCUCUGCUGCUGGCUCUGUUCGCAAGCGGCGUGGCCAUCCCGAUCACCCCCGCCCCCGGAGGCCCCCGCUGCUGCCUCUGCUUCUGGGUCAGCGGGGACUGGAGACACCUGUCACGGUCCCUUCUUCCAGCUGGAGAGGGGUGCUGGGAGGUGCGCCCCGGACACCUCCGCGCUGCUGCAGGGCGCCCCUCCGGGCUCAUCGGCACCAGGCCGGCCCCCUUGUGUGCGCCGGGAGGGAGCUGGGGGCUGCGCGGGGCGUGGCGGGUCCCCCUCCCCCGCCCCCCUGACGUCAGCCACCGGAGGCUGAGAGCUGCUCACUCGCCUCUCAUCCUUCGGCCAGGAAGCAUGGGGCUGCCGGGGCUGCUCUGCGCCUUGAUGCUCGUCGUCGGCUACUGCAGUCGCCGCGCCGCGGGUGUGCCUGGAGAGGUAGAGCAGCCAGAGCCAGAGCUGGUGGAGGUGGAGGUGGGCCACACUGCCCUGCUCAAGUGUAGCCUCCCACAUGCCCAAGGCAACAUCAGCCACCUGGACUGGUUUUCUGUCCACAAGGAGAAGCAAACACUCAUCUUCCAGGUACACAAGGGUCAGGGCCAGAGCAAACCUGGGGAGUACCAGCACCGGCUCAGCCUCCAGGACAGAGGGACCACUCUGGCCCUGACACACGUCACCCCCCAUGAUGAGCACAUCUUCCUGUGCCAGGGCAAGCGCCCCAGGUCCCAGGAAUACCGCAUCCAGCUCCGUGUCUACAAAGCUCCGGAGGAGCCAAGCAUCCAAGUCAAUGAUUUGGGCCUUUCUGUGAACAGCGCUGAGCCUGGGGAGAUCGCCAUCUGUGUGGGCAGGAAUGGGUACCCUCUUCCCCAAGUCACCUGGUACAAAAACAGCCACCCUCUGAUAGAGGAGAAGAACCGGGUCCAGAUCCAGAACUACCAGAUCGUGGAGUCCAGUGGGCUGUACACGCUGAGGAGUGUUCUGAGUGCACAGGUGACCAAAGAAGACAAAGAUGCCCAGUUUUACUGUGAGCUCAACUACCGGCUGCCCAGUGGGAACCACAUGAAGGAGUCCCAGGAAGUCACUGUCCCUGUUUUCUACCCGGCAGAGAAAGUGUGGCUGGAAGUAGAGCCUGCAGGCAUGCUAAAGGAAGGGGACCGUGUGGAGAUCAAGUGUUUGGCUGAUGGCAACCCCCAACCCCACUUCAGCAUCAGCAAGCAGAACUUCAGUACCAGGGAGACAGAGGAAGAGACCACAGACGAUGGGACCCUGGUCUUGGAGCCUGCCCAGAAGGAACACAGUGGGCUCUAUCAGUGUCAGGGCCUGGACUUAGAAACCACGGUGUCACUGAUGAGCGACCCCCAGGAGCUGCUGGUGAACUAUGUGUCUGAUGUCCAGGUGACCCCUGAAGCACCUGAGAGUCAGGAAGGCAGCAGCCUCAACCUGACCUGUACAGCCGAGAGCAACCAGCCCCUGGAGUUCCACUGGCUGAGAGAAAAGACAGGCCAUGUGCUGCACAAGGGGCAAGUGUUCCAGUUACACCAUCUGACACGAGAGGCAGCAGGAGGCUACCGCUGCGUGGCAUUGGUGCCCAGUGUCCCUGGUCUGAACCGCACACAGCUGGUCAAUGUAGCCAUUUCUGGGUCCCCAUGGAUGACAGUAAAUACAAGGAAGCUGUGGGUGAAAGAGAACUUGGUGCUGAAUCUGUCUUGUGAGGCGUCAGGACAUCCGAGGCCCACUAUCUCCUGGAAUGUAAAUGGCACGGUCAGUGAACAAGACCAAGAUGAGCAGAGUGUGCUGAGUGUCCUAACUGUCCUUGUGACCCCGGAGCUGUUGGAGACAGGUGCUAAGUGUGAGGCCUCCAACGCUCUGGGCAAAAACACCACCAUCAUCUUUCUGGAGCUGGUCUCAAACAGAACCACCAUUGGCACCCCCACUGUGGGACCUCAUACCAGAGCCAACAGCACCUCCACAGAGAAGAAGCUUCCAGAGCCAGAAAGCAAAGGAGUGGUCAUUGUGGCUGUGACCGUGUGUGUCCUGGUCCUGGCCGUGCUGGGAGCUGUCCUCUAUUUCUUCUACAAGAAGGGCAAGCUGCCAUGUGGGCGGUCAGGCAAGCAAGAGAUCACGCUGCCCCCGUCUCGUAAGAGUGAAUUUGUAGUUGAAGUUAAGUCAGAUAAGCUCCCAGAAGAGAUGGGCCUGCUACAGGGCAGCAGCGGUGACAAGAGAGCUCCAGGAGACCAGGGAGAGAAAUACAUCGAUUUGAGGCACUAGCCUGCUGAAUCACCUCUUCCUGCCUGGAAUACUUCCUGUGCACCCCCCCCCCCCCCCCGCACUCAGGACAGCCGCCAAAGCCUCUGAAAUGGACUAGAGGAGACUCCUGCUCAAGCUCACCUACAUGCCCCAACUUGGAGGGCAGAUGGGUUGGGCUGAGCAGGUCACCUUGAGUGGCCCAGAGGCCACUCUGCAUGGGGACAGUUUGCUACCUUCUUGGUGUCUUGAAUGAUAUUCAUCCCAAGGGUGGCCUCUGUUCUGGGCAUGGGUAAGAUUAUGGAUGUAAAUAGCCAAUUUCUACCAGCAGUGGGGCCAAGUGGCCUGUUCCUCCAGCUGGUUUGUGGCCCACAGGCUGCCUCCCCAAUUCAGUUGUAUCACUGAAGUGAGGAUGUACUGAAUCCAAGCCCCUUUCACUGGUCAGGUUUGUUGCUCAUGUUGGCUCUGGAAAGUGCCUCAGCAGUAUUUAAGCAGUUGUCUGUCAGCUUCUGGGGUUCCUUUUGUGAGACUCCUUUUUCUGGGCAACAGCCAGGAAUUGGUGUCACUCCAUCCAAGAUCUGCUGACAAACUCUGUCCUUGCAGUGAAGAAGCUGAGUAACAGUAUUAGAGUUAAGGCUAUGGAGCCUGAUCCUCUGCUUUCCUUUGGAUCCUGAAGCUUUCUCAAAGAAUCAUGUAGGACUGCAAGAUGGGGCAGGGGACAGAGAUGAGGCCCAGACUCGCCUCUAUGGAGACUAAGACUAUAGUGAUAUAGACACCAAGCUUCUACAAACUGAACUAAUGGGCCUAUCCCCCAGCAGAAGGACCCCCGUGGCAGAUGGUACUUAAGAGAUGGCUAGAGCUUUAGGGUGUGUAUAUGUAUCUGUGUGCAUAUGUGUGUGUGUAUGGUUUUGUUAGGUUGUAUGUAAAUUUUGCAAAUUGUUUCCAUUUUAUAUGUAUAUAUAUAUAUAUAUAUACACACACAUAUAUAUAUGUGACAAUAAAGCUUAAUUGUCCCAGA